UGAUGGUAACAAAACAAAAUUGUCAAAGUGCGCAGAAAUAGAAAAAUCCAUUUCAUUUCUAGAAAACUCCGGUAUUAUAUUUUCAUUACGAAUUCGUUCGUAAUUAGUUUUCUGAUAAAUAGGCAUUACAAUUUCAACUGUGGAAAGUAUAGUAUUCGUCAGUUUUUGUAAAAUCUAGGAGCAAGUUAACAAUACUACUUCACGUCACAAUGUUGUCUCGAAUGUGUGUAGCACGCUCAGCAUUUACCCAUACUUUAAGAACACCAGUGCCACAAAGAUUUGUUCCCAAAAACUAUGUCGUUCGGAAUUAUGCACGCGAACCAAGAUCUCGCGUUGCCACUAGAACACGGCCAACAUUAUGGGAAAGAUUAAUGGCUCCAGCGGGACCUAAUGCUUUUAGUUUGGGAAAAGGAGCCUUGGCAGGAGCAUCAGCAGUAGGCUUGGUAGCAUUAUGUUAUUAUGGUUCUGGAGUAAAGCCAGGCACUCUUCAAGAAGCUCAUCUCUGGCCUCAAUAUGUAAAAGACAGAAUUAAAGCAACAUAUGGAUAUAUCGCUGGAUCACUUGUUCUUACGGCUGGUAGUGCUGUUACAGUAUUUCGAACACCUGCCUUACUAAAUUUGGUGGCUCGCAAUGGAUGGAUGUCUAUUAUCGUUACCAUGGGCUUGAUGAUUGGUUCUGGAAUGGUGGUUCGUGGUAUGGAAUACAAGCCAGGAUUUGGUGCCAAACAACUGGCUUGGAUUGUGCACACUGGCAUUAUGGGAGCUGUGAUUGCACCUGUAUGCUUCCUAGGUGGACCAGUUCUUAUAAGAGCUGCUUGGUAUACUGCAGGUGUAGUUGGUGGUCUCAGUACAAUAGCCGUAUGUGCACCAUCAGGUGAAUUCUUGAACAUGAGAGCUCCGCUAGCCAUGGGCCUUGGUGCCGUCUUUGCCGCUUCUCUUGCUGGCAUGUUCCUUCCACCAACCUCUGCCCUUGGGGCAGGGCUGUAUUCACUCAGUUUGUAUGGUGGCUUGAUUGUGUUUGGUGGUUUCCUCUUGUAUGAUACCCAAGCUAUCAUUAAGAGAGCAGAAAUGCAUCCAAUGUAUGGAUUCCAACCUUAUGACCCCAUCAAUUCGGCGGUUUCAGUAUAUUUAGACGUCCUCAACAUCUUCAUGCGCAUUGCAAUGAUCCUAUCAGGAGCUGGCGGAAACAAAAGGAAGUAAAUUGAACAUCGAAAUUCAGAGAGAACUCAGAUUCAUCUGUUUGUAGUCAUUAUUUUUAAAUGAAGUAAAUGAUGUAAACAUUGAAAUAAAGAAGGCAUAAUUUAAUUAAAGAAUAGCUUGCUUUCAGACUAUCCUGGUCAGAGACUGUUGUGAUAUUUAAUAGGCCAUAAGUUUGUAAUUAAGGACUUUGAUAUUAGAUGAGCGCAAAUAAAUUAACUAGUGCAAUAUAAUGUUUUUUUUUCUUUUCUGUAAUUUGGUAGGCAAAUAACGCAACCAAGAGAAUGACUAAUGUCAAUAAUUCUAUUAUUAUCAAUGUGGAAUCUCCAUGAGUAGAUGACGAUAACAACGGAACGCCUUGUUAGCGCAUACAUCUCUUCAUCAAACAACAAAAAAAGAUAAUUAUAAAUGUGAUAUUAAAACGCGUGAAUUAAAAAAAAAAGGUUUCCGUGACAAUGGAUAAAUUUUACCCCUUAUCACACCAUUCAAAAAGGUAUGCGUGACCUUUCCGGCUAAAAAUCAUUGGUCAGCCGGAUUUUUUCUUGUUGAACAUAAUAUUUCACACAAAAU